UUAAUAAAGGGCUAUUAAAUUGGAGCAAGCAAGCUAGACGGCUCGCGGCGAAGGGAAACCAAAAGCGCGGCGAGAGCGAAUCGCGGCGAAAAACGGCACACUGUGGCAUUGGCAAUGGCAGAGCUUGUCGCCCGCCUUCCAUUUCAGUGUGUGAGUCGCGAUAAACGGGAGCGAAACGGGCGCCGCAAACUGAGCCAUCGCAACAGCAACAACGACACAACCGCACACCGAACGCACACACACACACAUAUAUAUAUACACUCGCAUGACGGCAUUGUACAUAUACGAGCGAGAGAGCGCAUGCUCUCCGCCACACACACGUUUUUCGCCUUCUCUGUUCGCUUUUGUGGCGCCGCGCGAGUUUUGUCGCAGCAGCAAACACGCAAUAAAAGUUCAAAAACAGUUGAAGUAUACCGCGACGCGAGUAAAAAUCUUUCCUUCGACGUCGUUCCCAGUUCGUUGUAGUUGUUGUUCUUCUUCUUGUUGUUUUUGUUGUGUGUCUGCUUUCCGCGAAUUUUCAUGUGCAUGUAUAUAUAUAUAUAUAUAUAUUUAACAAGAGGUUUUCUCAGCAGCUGACUACUAAGGACGAAACUCGCACCUUCUCUUGUGGAGAUCAUAUUCAUUAUAACCAUGUUCCACAAGAUCUGCAGUUAAAGAAAAUCAAUGCUAUCGAAGAAAUCGAAAACAGAUGCAAGCUUACCGACAGAAAAAACUUAUUUAAAACAAAUAUUCAACGAAUAUGUACAUUCAAGAGGGAGAUGCAAUUGAAAUUUCAAACUAUAUUUGCAACGCAAGAGAAAGGAGUACGGCAAACUGAAAAUCCGGGGAUAGAGCAUUAAAAAGGAGUCAGUAAUGUUUAAUUGUCGGACCCAGGUCAAGAAAGAGAAUAUUAGUUGGAGUAACAGAUAGAAUUAUAGAGGAACAGUGCCGAUAACUUCUAAGAAGUACAACCAAAAUUCCAUAGCUGAUAAAUAUGAGUAGCGGAUGCCAGGAAGAAUUACUGAAUGUAUAAUUAGCUGUUGGACUAUUUUAAUCCACAUACAGAAUAAGAAUUUACUCAUAGGUUCAUGCUAAAUGUAUCCUAUUAAUUUAAAAUAAUAAUUUAAGGUAUCUCAGGAUAAAUUCCGAAUAUUCCAAUUGAGAAAAAGAUGUAUGCGCUUAGACUGAACACACAAUAAAAUAAAUCUAAGUAAAUUAUUUUGUACAUUAAAAUAAUACAAACAUAAUAAAUUUAUCUGUGAUAUGAAGAUUACAUCAA